GACCGCAGGUGGUUGGAAUGCAUCUGCUACCGCAACUCUCUGCCUAGCCGAGGCGGCCCCGCCCCUCCAGCCAGCCCCUCCCAGCCGAAGGGCUGGGGCAGUUUUGACGUUUCACCUGAGCCUUUUCAGCGAGCGGCAAACGCGGCGGCGGGGAUUGAGCCUCUCGGCUCCCCUACUCAGUUUGCAGCGCGUGAUUUCCAUUGCCUGCCGGGAAGUGUAGUUUUCGGGGCUGGGGAGGCUGCACGGGAAGCGCUCUGCGCACGCGCAGAGGAGGGCCUGCGGGAGCUAUGGGAUCCUGGCCCGGUGAGCCCGGAAAUUGGAGAAGGGGGACUGUGGCACAAUGAUAACCUUAAAGCGAGACGAUGCAGGGGGUUGCGGAUCUGAGAGAGAGUCCCGACUGGGAGACAGGAGAGCUGGGUUCUGACCUAACUGAGGCACUGGCAGGAGCGUGAAGUUCGUCAUGCUUCUGUGCUUCUUAGUUCAUUUCAUACACAGUGGCAGAAGAGCCGUUCUGAGAAGGCUGACCAUAUCUGCUUGUCACCUCCCCCAGAUGACAUUGCGAACCCAGCCCACUGACUCCUGCAGGGCCUCUUUGUUUCCAUCCUGUGGUCUGGGUAAUAAGAGAGACUUCAGAGCCCUCAGGGACUUCUUUCAUACUCACUGAAACCUCCCACACCUGGUGAUGGCACAGAGGAACUGUUUUCUUACCCCUAGGCUGAACGACUGCCAAGAGGGACAGCAAAUAUAGAGCAGCUGGAGCUCCAACUCUCCCACAGCUGCUGAUCUCCGACCUUAUUUUAACCCCUUCCUGAGCCCAAGGACAAAGCUCACUUGAACAAAUGGUUCUGAGUCAUGAAUGAAAUAUCUGGCACUUUCCAUAAUGAGAAAGAGUUAAAAGAUGGGCAGGUUGAAACAAUGUCUGCUGUCCUAUGCUCCCCACCGUAUGACAAGGAGAAUCAUGUUCUCGCCCCUUUCAGAGGAAUUCCUCUCUCAGAGUUGAAGAACCACAGCAUCCUCCGGGCCCUGACAGCAGAAGCAGAUGGAUGGAAACCGGGAGUCAUAAGCUCAGAGGUGCUCAGAGCCCAAGAAGAAUGGGAAGCCGUGGACAGCAUCCAGCCGGAGACAGGGAGCCGGGCCAGUUCAGACCAGCCUGGGCAGCUAAUCUCCUUCAGUGAGGCCCUGUGGCAUUUCCAGACUACAGACCUCUCCUCCUUCAAGAAAAGAAUUCAGCCAACCAUUCGAAGGACUGGGCUUGCCGCCCUGCGGCACAUCCUCUUCGGUCCUCCAAAGCUCCACCAGGGCCUCCAUGAAGAAAGGGACCUGGUCCUGACCAUUGCCCAGUGUGGCCUGGAUAGCCAAGACCCAGUACAUGGCCGAAUCCUCCAGACCAUCUACAGGAAGCUGACCGGCUCCAAGUUUGACUGUGCCCUCCAUGGAGACCACUGGGAAGAUCUUGGCUUUCAGGGAGCAAAUCCAGCCACAGACCUGAGAGGGGCAGGCUUCCUUGCCCUCCUGCACCUGCUGUACCUGGUGAUGGACUCGAAGACCUUGCUGAUGGCACAGGAGAUUUUGCAACUGUCUCGUCACCAUAUCCAGUCGAGUAGGCUACAAGUCCAAAUUCAGAGCAUCAGCUCCAGGAGAAGGCUAUCUUGGCUCUGGAGGAAGAUCCGUGUCAUCAAUUUUCCCUUGGCCUGGGAGCAUCUCAGCACAGGAAUCUCGAGUCCAAAGAAUGCGUUCUGCUCCCGGCACUGCUUUCUUGGUGGUAUGAGGUCCCCGUGUCUCUCUGCUCACUUCUUUCUUUUAUAUCUCAAAAGAGGCUGGCUUAAGACACUACCUAAUCUUGUAGACCUCAUCAGUACAACUGCCGCUAAUCCAUCUUAUUACAUCAUAGUGAUAGGAUUUACAACAUAGAGGAAAAUCACAUAAAAUGGUGGACAGUCACACAAUACUGAGAAUCAUGGCCCAGCUAAGUUGACAGAUAUUUUGGGGGGACACAAUUCAAUUCAUGACCAUAUCCUUUGCCCAUUUUUUAAUUGGGUUAUUUGUCUUUUUGUUGUUGAGGUUUUGCAGUACCUUGUAGGUUUUAGAAAUUAGACCCUGAUCAGAUAUGUCGUAGCCAAAAAUCGUUUGCCAAUCUGUAGGUUCUCUUUUUACUCUUUUGAAGUCUUUUGAUGAGCAUAAGUGUUUUAUUUUUAGGAGCGCCCACUUAUCUAGCUUCUCUUCGCAUGUAUGUGCAUUGUUAGUUAUGGUUUAUAUUCUGUUAGGGCUCCUAGUGUUGUCCCUAUUUUUUCUUCCAUGAUCUUUAUCAUUUUAGAUUUUAUAUUUAGGUCUUUCAUCCAUUUUGAGUUAGUUUUUGUGCCUGGUGUGUGGUAUGGGUCUUGUUUCAUUUUUUUGCAGGUGGAAACCUUGACACAUUAGACAGGUACUGGUCAGUUAUUUUUAGAAUGUUCCUCAAUGUGGGUUUGUCUGAUGUUUUUUCAAGAUUAGAUUGAGGCUAUGCAUUUUUAGCAUGAACCCCAGAGUUCAAUGAUGUGCAUCUUCUCAGUGCCUUAUAUCAAGAGCGCAUGAUGUCAGUGUGUGUUAUUACUGGUGAUGCUACGUAGCCUUGAUCACUUGGUUAAAGUGGUCUCGGCUGGGUUUCUUCACUUUAAUGUUACUAUUUUUCCCUUUAUACUGAAUAAUUAACAUGGGGAAUAUACUUGGAGACUAUGUACAUAUCCUGUUUCUCCUCAAACUUUUUCCUAUCAAUUUCAGCAUCGAUUGGUGGAUCUUUCCCAUAGCAAUUAUUACUGUGGUGUUCUAAUGGUGAUUUUCUAUUUCCAUCGUUCCUUCUACAUUUAUUAAUUUAAAUUUUUCUGUAAGAAAGAAUUGUCUCUGCUUCCCCAUUUAUUUAUUUCCUUAAUCAUUUUUUAUAUCAAUGUGGACCCAUGGAUGUUUAUUUUAUUCUAUGGGUCAUAACCCAAUACUGCCAUUAUUCUGUUGCUCAAAUUGUUCCAGCUUUGACCAUUAGGAUCUCUUUCAGAUUGGCACCUCAAGAUGCUCCAGGCUCAUGUUACAUUUUCCCUGUCCCAGCGCUGGCAUCAGCCACUUCUCCAAGGAGCUUUAAUUAAAGAAUGGUAUUUAGAAACCAAGAUCUGAGGGCUAGGUGUACUCAUUGCUCUCGGAAUCUUACUGCAUCUAGGUCCUCUCAGUAGACAGAGCUUGGAAGUGUAUGUGUGUAUCACUGGCUCACUCUUGAUCUCUAAUAAGAUCCUCACUGGUGAGGAGACAAGGCCGGGCCCCAGUGGCACUUCACAGAGAACUGGAAGGUGGCUGUGUUUUCAUACUUCCUGAGGGAGAACAGCAGAGAAUGAGGGGCUGCAAGGUUAGACCAACAGCAUUUUAGUCAGAUCAUUUUAUCUUAGAGGUCUGGCUGGAGUCAGGCAGGACCUAGUUGCAAAAACACACUUGCAAUAGCAGUGUGUGUUGUUGGUCAAACGUACUCAACUCUCAGAACCUCAGAUCCUUCAUUUGUAACAUGGAAAAAUAAUUAGAACCUUGUAAAGUUGUUCUGAGUUGGAGAUAAACUAUGUAAAGUGCCAGGCAUAUUAGGCAUUCAGUGAGAGUUAGUUAUCAAGGUAACAUCUUAUGUUUCUGUAAGUCAGUUGACUACAUAUCAGCCCAUAUACAUACAGCUAUUAGUAAGGUGACUCACUUCUCGAAUCCAAAACUUUCUGAAUGCAAAACAAAUAAUCAUACGAAAAACCAAAUCAAACCCAUUGCCAUCAAGUCAGUUCCAACUCAUAGCAACCCUAAAGGACAGCGUAGAAUUGCCCCAUAGGGUUUCCAGGGAGCACCUGGUGGAUUUGAACUGCUGACCUUUUGGUUAGCAGACGUAGCUCUUAACCACUACUCCACCAGGGUUUCUAGUAAUCGUACAGCUCAUGUCAUUUCUGGCUUUGACUGAAUAUCUCUGUAUCUUCUUGGGGAAGAAAUACUCCUUAAUCUGAAGGCUUCACACAUGGCUGUGUAUUCAGGACACAGUGGAGGGAGUGAAAGCUGGACUUUUGGUGCUGAGAUCCCACAAGUUGAAAAUGUGGGCACAUGCUGUGGCUCUUCAUAUUUGAGAAAUGUAAUGUCUAGGUCAAGUGUGAGAACUGCGCAAGUUGACUUGUGAAAUGAUAUGGUCUC